AGCGUCGAGACGAUCGACGAGCUGGCAAAAAGUCGGCUCGGACCUCUCGAGUCGUUUUUAAUCCGUCAACGAGGUCCAGAGAGGUCCACGAUACGCCGCCAUUCCCUCCGACAAACGCUAGUUUCGACUCUAAAACAAAUCCUCCUUCAUCCACGAACGACCGCGAGUGGAUUCGAUCGUUGUCGAAGUUAAGUUCGCGAUGAAACGAUCGAGAGUGACUAGCACGCGUUCCCCCGGGUGCUUCGAUUCUUCGAUGAUUUCGUUCGAAACCAAGUAAUCGAACAGGCUCGCGUCAGAACGGCAUUUGAAUCUAUUUUCACAUUUUUACGCGUCCACUUUCGAUUCCGACUCGAGAAUUGAAAACGCCAAGUGACGAGGGUGCGAACGCAUGGCGCGCGGAUCGAUCCACGGAAUCAAUGCAUCGAUUUGGAUUUCAUCCGCCCCUUCGACCGUCGUUCAAACGCUUCACGACUCGCGGACGCAUGGAGCAUCGAUAUGCCCGCGAAAUGUUUGGUUCGAUGAACUUGUCAGUGAGAGGCAGUGACUGUGGCAGAUCUUGACUCGAACAGAGCGCUCGAUCGAUCCACUGACAUGGGGAGCGACUGCUGCAAGUGCGCCAAUGGCAACAAACCCGCCAUUGCCGGCUCCUUCUCCGGCGGAUCGCGACGAACACGCGGAGAUGUACCGAUCCAAUCCGAUCGAUAUCGGAUUCAGAUGAAAGGUAACGUCGUCCAGGUGACCCUAACGCAAUCGCAAAAAGACGACAGUGGGCAUUAUGCUUUGGUGGCAACGAGGGUCGGCCAAGGGUUCGAUAAGGGAUCCUCGAAGAAGAUUCAACUCAGCGUCGACGAACCGAUCUCCGAAGAAGGUGAUCCACCGGUUUUCCUGCGAAGAUUAACCGACCUCGCGGUCAAGGUCGGCACCAGGACCAGGUUCCUCGUGGAAAUCCGAAGUUCAACGACACCAAAGAUUACUUGGCAAAGAAAUGCCGAAGCAGUACACGCGGGUUCAAGAUUCUCUUUCGUCCACGAGGGGAAUUUCUAUUGCAUCGACGUGGCCCCUGUCACGAUCGAGGACGAAGGAUACUGGACUUGCAUGGCGGAAAAUCGCAGCGGCAGAUCCUCUUGCGCGUCCCGUCUGACGGUGAUCGUCCCAAAAGCCUACAAGCGGCCAGAAUUCGUCGAAGAACUUCGUGCUCUGCUGACAGAGACUGGUACGGUGUCUUUAGAAUGCAAAGUGGUCGGUGUACCUACCCCGGUGUUGAGAUGGUUCAAAGACGACAAAGAGAUCAAGGCUGGCGACGUCUUCGCUCUAACUGCCAAUCCUGAUGACCCAACCUCCCUUGGCAUUUAUACGUGUGAGGCGGUAAAUUGUAUGGGUGUCGCUUAUUCCUCUUCCAAAGUGCAUGUGGUUGGAAAGGGGAGCAGAGAAGGUUCUCUGAAGCCAGCGGAUUCUUUGAAACCCUCUGGUCCUCUUCCUGUUUUCAAACGAAUUCUGCAGGACGAAUGCUGCAGAAUCGGGGACACCCUUCGACUUUCUUGUCAAGUUCAUGUACCACCAUGGCCGAAAGCUAUUACAUGGUACAACAAAGAAGGACUCAUCGAGCUCAGCGACAAGUACCACGUGAUGGAAGAUGGUCUCGGUAGAUACUCCAUAGAAGUACAUCCGGUCGAAGCCAUGGAUGAGGGCGAAUGGAAGUGCGUCGCGACCAGUGCAGAAGAUAUGAAGCAAUUUAGUACUUGCUACGUUGCAAUGUCCAUUCCAAAGAAUUACAGAAAACCACGUUUCAUGGAAAGCUUGAAAGCUGUCCUGACGGAAGAAGGAUUAGUGUCCUUCGAAUGCAAGGUCGUAGGAUUUCCGACGCCUCUGUUGAGGUGGUUUAAAGACGGCCAGGAAUUGAAGCCAGGAGAUGUUUAUCAGUUAACUGGGACCAACUCUCUGGGUUCCUAUUGCUGUAUCGCGAGAAACUGCAUGGGAGAAGCGAAAAGCACAGCCGAAUUAACGAUCGAAGAUAUUCAAAAUCAACUGAACGAAGAAGAACGCCUGCAACUGUUGAGCACGAAUCAACCGCCCACGUUCAUCAAGAGCCUCAGGAGCUGCGAGGCGAGAAUCAACGAAGAUUUUCAAUUUACGGUACAAGUUAGUAUUGCCCCAGAGCCAAGUCUCUCUUGGUACAGGGACGACGUGCAGGUGGCAGAGAAUGAGAAAUAUCAAAUUGCCAAAGAAAAUCUUGGUACGUGUCAUCUUGACGUGCGAAGACUCGAAUUCGUCGAUCAAGCCGAAUGGAAGUGCGUGGCUUCCAACGAUUUUGGUCACAGCGUCACUUCCUGUUUCCUUAAAUUAAUCAUUCCCAAGCACUUCAAGAAACCGAAGUUUCUCGAAAGUUUGCGAGCUAUACUGUCGGAGGAGGGGGCGGUGAAUUUGGAGUGCAAAGUGAUCGGUGUCCCGCAACCGAUUCUCAAGUGGUACAAGGACGGUGUGGAACUGAAGCCUGGAGACAUACACAGAAUCAUUUCAGGACAAGAUGGCACUUGUUGCCUUGGAACGUAUACUUGCGAGGCUACCAACUGCAUGGGGACCGUCAGUAGUUCUGCAUCUCUUCUGGGCUUUGAAGAUAAAAUCCCCGUCCGCAAAGAAGCGAAGGAAGUUCAAUCGCCAAACGGCCACGAACUCGCGAGGAACUUGUCGCUUUCGACGAUACACGAAGAAAGAACGUCCCAAUUGUACGAUACACCACAAACGGAUCAUUCCGUCACGUUGGACGAUCGAGGAGAAGUGUCUUUCAGUUUUGAUGGUAAGGAGGUUUCCGUCAGCCUGUACGAAACGCCUGAUCUCACCGAGGAGGAAGCCCUUCAGAUCGUCGAAAUGUAUGCCGAUCAACUAUCCGAACACGUAACAGAGCACAACGUGAUCGAGCUGCCGCCAAUGAGAUUCGUCAAGGAGACAUCCACCUCUGGGAACCUGUUGAUGGAAGCAGUGGUGAUAGACGUGUCUCCGGAUUACUUCGUCAGUGCGGAGGACGGUGAUGAUCUUCGAACCGAGGCUGACUUUGAGGACGUUUCGAUAAUGGACGACAUCACGCGGGUAUUUUCCUCCCCGGAACACGACUCUCGUAGUUCUCUGAAGAGAUCGGCCAUGUACAGUUUGGACGAGGACGAGAAGCCACCGAUCAGGCCACCAAGGAAGAAGUCGAGCUCUUCGUCGAAAAGCGAAGAAAAGAGUUUGAAAAUGGAGUCGGAGAGUUUCCACAGCGCUCAGAAAGACGAAAGAUUCUCCCCGGUCUCACCGAUAUCUCCAGUCUCGUCGCUGAAACAGGACGACAGCGACACGUUCGCCGACGCUUUGUCCUCCGCGAGGUUGUCCAUGUCGGAGAAUCAAGUUCACAAACUGUACGAAAACGUUCAAGAGCGAAAACGCAGCCUGAGCGGAGAGAAGACGACCGGUUCGAGCAUAGACGACGGAAUUGGCGGGGAUUCCUCGUUCGAUUCCGUGACCGGUGCCCCGAAGAAGAAGAGACAUCGAAGGAAGAAGCACAAGAAGGAGAAGGGUAGCUCGGAGGAAUCGUCGAUCGGAAGCGAGAUCGACGGGAAGCGACGAAGAAGCGGAUCCGGCAGCGCCAAGACGGAAAUGCAUCAGCGCAUAGAGUCGAUAAACAAGACCGAGGAACCGUACAUCGAGGAUGUGGCGGACAAAUCGUCCGAGAAGAGGCAGUCCGAGAAAUCCUCGGAGAAAUCGUUAUCGAAAAGCACCAAGGAAAGACUCUUGGACAACACGAAGAACUUGAAGAGCCCUGUGCUGACGAUUCGAGACACUCUGGUUGACUUGGAUAGUCUGAGCUUUAAGCUGAACGCUCAGAGCGAGGAAGAAUGCAAGACUAUAAUCACGGAGAAUAUCAUUAAACCGAUCCAAUCUCUCUGCGAAGAGGUGUCCUCCAUAGAGUCGAAAGCUCUGAAAAACGCUGGCGACCGAUCGCUGCUUCAAACGGUUCGAGUUAGUUUGCUGGAGACCAUCGGAGGCCCGACGGAGGAGCUUCUACGCGGCAUGGAAUUGAUAGAGCGACAGGAAAGCGUCAAAGCACGCAAAACGGACGUAAUCGGCAUCUUGGAGAGUCUCACGGACCCUGUCGACGAGAUACUCGUGGGAAUUACCAAAAUAGAGCACGAACUCACCGGCCGAGCGAAAGGAGAAAAACCGAUCGUUCUGAUCAGAAUGAUGUCCGCGGUUUCGAAGCUCGAGGAGACGGUCAGGAACGUUCUCGCGACAGACAAAACAGCCUCGCGACUGAGUUCAAGCUUCGAGGAGAUCCUCGCCACGCUGGACUUCUUCUUGAACGACAUUUCGGUGGAUCCAGCCAAAGGAACGAUAGAAACUGUGGACACCGUGGUGGUCGAGUCCCUCUCGAAAUCUGUCGAAGACAUGGCGAGGGCUUUAACUUAUUCCUCAAAGACCGAGACCGUGGAGAAAAUCGUGGAAGAAAUUCUGCCUUCUACGCGCGAGCUGAAAGCAAAAUUGGACACCUUGAAGACUGCUCUGGAGACGUACAAGUCGAAAGGCAUUCUAUCGGAGCAUCGUACCAAGUUGAUCGAGUCUCUGCAAGAAUCGGUUGGACGAGCCGUGGAAGAGAUUCGAAGAAUGAAAGAAUCCAAGCCGGACAUUUUGCGAGAGGCAAGACUUACUCUCGAAGAGGCUCUGAAAUCGUACGAGAAUAUCUCUGGUACUCUCGAUCCUCGACUGUCCAGUAUUUUCGAUCGAGUCGACGAGAUGCACCGACGAUUGAGAACCUCUCAGAAGAAGGAGAUCUGUAUCGAGUCGUUGGCAAGCCUCGAAGGUCCUCUCUACUCCCUUCAGUGUGCUCUGAGUUCGGUUUCUAUAGCCGAAAAUUCAAAGACGGUCUUGCAGCUCUUGGAACCGUCGAUCUCUCAGCUGAAAUCGACCAUCUCGAGCCUGGAUGAGAGUUCCUUGCAACCUGUGCUGGAGACUUUGCGCAGCAUUGAGAAGACUGUUAGCGGAACUGUCGAUGAAUACGAGGAGACUAUGUCCACGAGAUCGACGCAAGAGGAGCCUCAAAGCUUGAUAGACAGAAUCCUGGAUCCUCUGAUCGACGUUCAGUCGGCUCUAAGCUCUGCGCUCGAGAACGCAGAGGACGUUGACUCUGUCGCGAACGGAGCAACCAGCCCUCAAAAGCUGCUCGCGACCUCGGAAGUGACUGGUUGCCUCGUGGAGCUCAGACAAUGCGUGUCGGACGUUGCUCGAAUAGCGAUGACGCUCAGAGAGGACGAAACCUUGAACAGUUUGAUAGAUUUGAAGGAACCGUUGAUGGAUUUGCACGUCGCUCUGGCAUCCGAGGAAAGAGUGGUCAUUGAGCUUCCAGUGAUACGGAAAAUAUAUCUCCCGGUGGAGAAAAUGAAGGUGCUGGUGUCGAAAGUGCUCCGCCAGUGUCGAGAAGAGGAAAGAAUAGAGUCGGUGAAGGAUGUGUGGAAAACCUUGGAAGAAAUCGAGGAUCAACUGCCAAAGACUGUGGUUCGUCUGGUGGCGAUCGACGAGGCGCAGAAGCAUUUCUUGGAGAGUCUGAACGUCGACCAGAAUCUCAGCAACGUCCAUUUUGCUCUGUCCUCGGCUCUCGAGCGACACGAGAAGAGUUUCCCUUCGUACGCAUCGGAUUUGACGAGCUGCGUCGAGGAACUGAGACAGAGCAUCGGUUCCUCCGCAGUGGCCAUCGCAAACUUACGGAAUCCAGAGGACCAGGAAAUUAUAGAUCAGAUCUGUCGGUUAAAAGAGACUCUGCUGAGCUUGCAAAGGAUCCUGCUGACCCAGGAACACGAGCCCGAAGAGGAGCAGAUCCUGAAGGACUUGAUCGGUCCCAUCGAGAGCCUCAAGUCUCUGGUGCAGAGCAUCGUCGAGAGCGACGCUGUAGCGAACGCGACGCUUCCGGUUCUCGAGUUGUUGGAGGAAAUAGAGAAGGACACGCCGUUGAUCGCGAAGGAGGCCUCCAAGAUGAAGGUCCGACGAGACUCGAAGACACAGAAAGAAACGAGGAAGCAAAAGUUGGCCUCGUUCGCUCUGGCGGAUCGAAUCAGUCGAUCUCUGGAUCCUAUGAAGCACUGGCUCUCGACUACAUCCGAAGACAGCCUCAAAGACGAGGAGGAGUCCGGUUUGAGCUCCACCGUGGACGACUUGAAGAGAGACGUGAACAAACUUGCCAUCGAGACCUCGUACUCCGAACCUCCCAGCGACGAGAAUCUGAUAGAAGCCUUGGUGGAUCUUCGAGAGCCGCUGACCAGACUCAGAAACGCCAUGUCGCUCUACCACGAACCGGCAGACCUGUCCACCUUGGAAGGCCUCGGUCGACCGAUGAAGUAUCUUCUUCGAACCAUCAUGGACGUUCUGAGAGAUCACGCCGAGGAGGAGUCGCUCAGACCAAUUAUAGACAUCGUCGAGGAGAUCGAGAAUCAAAUACCCAUCUCUAUAAAAGAAGCCCUCUACAGAAAAGAGCUCAAGGAAGUGGUGAAAUCGUUGUCCCUCGAGGAGAAGGAACUCCUGGCUACAGCCUCUCAGGAAACUGUUCAGGACGAGAGUAUUCCGCGAGAUGGGAAAGAGGAAACCACCGUGCCUCCUGAGACGCAAUACAGCGACUCGUUGAUCGAACAAACGACCGUCGAGGAGAGCUCGCAGAGGACCGAUCAGAUGAUCACGCAGAUAGAGGAAUUGCAGAAGAAAAAAGGGGAGACUGGAAGAGUCAAGAACAAGGAAGACGCUAUGGAGCUGGUCGUUUCUCUGGCAAGGACGCUAGAAACCGUGGAGAUCGAUGUCACUGGGAUUCUGGAGGACUUUGAAGAGCCCACAGCAGGAAACACUAUGCUGCCAACCUCGAUACUAGCCAAUUCUCUCGAACAACUUGGAAGAACAGUCUCCUCGUUCCGUGUGACGACCACAGGUUACGGGAAAUCGGUAGACUCUUACGAAGAGAUGGUUUCUCGAGUCUCUUCUCAGCUAGGGAACCUCCUGGAGCCUCUAACUAACCUACAAGAAACUCUUCUAGAGACGCACCAACACGGUGCUCGAGAACUCUUGAUCCUAAAUCAUCUGACGCAGCCAUUGAACGCGAUCGAAAAGGAAAUUAGAGAGAAAGUUGAUCUCGAGGCAAGCUCCGAGCCCGUUCUUCGCGUUAUUGCCGACAUCAAAGACAGGAUUCCAGUGGUCGUGAAGGACAUAAAUUCAAGACAAGAGAUUCUGGGAUGUCUUCGUGAGAUUUUCAAGCCUUUGGAGCAGAUUCAAGAACGCAUGAGGAUCAUUCAAGCCCAGCCCGAGGUUACUCUCGAAACUGACGUGGCUAAGAUUCUAGUGAACCCUUUGGAUAUUCUGUUGAACACGAUCAACCUCGCUUCCCACGAACUUCAACUUCUGGAUCGACGAAGAGCAACCAUCGUGGAGGUUCGAACUCUCGUCGAACCGUUGGUGGAGUUUCUCAGUUGUCUGUCGGUGGUGCAAAGCAGUCGACGGAGCUUGGUUCCCGAGGCAGCGUUGCUGGACGAGAGGAGAAGCGUUAUUUUAAGAGCAGUCGAAGGCCUUCAGAGACAAACUUGCAUCAUUCUCGAGAGAAUAUCGAAUCUAGAGGGGGCGUCCAUGUUCGAAGAACCGUUGAGUUCACUGAGGAACGCGAUCGUCUCUGUUCAGAAGCAAAUUGGCAAAACCGACUACUCGCGCAGAUCCACCACCGGGGAUCUCGCUUUUCACUAUGAACUCUCGACGUCGUUGGAAGAUCUGAAGAGCAGCAUCAAACGUUUGGAAGAAAACAUAGACGGGACGGUGCACGAAACGAUUUCGAAGUCAUUGGGCGCGUUGCAGAAGCAAAUAUCACUCUCGCGAACGCACUUCAUCGAAACGAACGAUCAAUCCGUCGACGAAGAAGCCAUCGUCGAAGGUUUCCUCUAUCCGACCAAUCAGCUUCGGUCAGCGUUGAAUUCGAUCAAAGAGAAACUAGAUCGGAAAAUAAUAACUUCGGUUUCGACGGAAACGGUGACGCUUCUUCGGUCUCUGGCCAACUCGACCUCCCAAUUGGCUUCUUCCUUCUCCACGCGUCGAAUGCAUCUGAUUCGCGAAGGCGCCUCCGAAGGCUCGUCGUUCGUAGAGACGCUAUCCGCCGUUGUGGACGUUCUACAGAGCGUCAAGGAUUCCAUAACGGAGAUAGAAAACGAGAUAGUAGGAGAGCAAUCCGAAGAAACGACAGGCCAAGAAACUAAACAGCAGAAUCUACCGAUCACCAUCACGCAGAUCGAAACUAUCGUCGACGAAGUCAUCGAAGUGUCCAAAGAAGAAAUGGAGAGUCUGCUUAUUAUCGAAGAAAUAUCGCGUCAAGGUAAAACAGACGAUGGAAAGUCCUUGGAGAAAGUGGAAGAUGGAAUUGUGGUUAAACAAACUGAAACAGAAAUGUCUAAAGUAGAAGAAAAUGCAAAAGUUUUGUUCGAAAGGUCGGAAGAUUCAGCAGGAACAAAGAAAGAAGUAGAAGCUCAAUCUGUAAAGGCAGAAGAAGUAACGAAGCAAGAAGAGAAAAUCGAGACUCUGAAAGAAGAAAUAGAAAAAACAGUAGAACGAGAAGAAAGUGUAAAAGUUUCGUCUGAAAUGUUGGAAGAUUCAGCAGGAACAAAGAAAGAAGUAGAAGCUGAAUCUGUAAAGGCAGAAGAAGUAACGAAGCAAGAAGAGAAAAUCGAGACUCUGAAAGAAGAAAUAGAAAAAACAGUAGAACGAGAAGAAAGUGUAAAAGUUUCGUCUGAAAUGUUGGGAGAUUCAACAGGAACAAAGAAAGAAGUAGAAGCUCGAUCUGUAAAGGCAGAAGAAGUAACGAAGCAAGAAGAGAAAAUCGAGACAGUAGAACGAGAGGAAAGUGUAGUUUUAUCUGAAAUGUUGGAAGAUUCAGCAGAAACAAAAAAAGAAGUAGAAGUUCAAUUUGAAAAGGCAGAAGAAGAGAAAAUUGAGGUACUGAAAGAAGAAAUAGAAAAAACAGUACGACGAGAAGAAGAUGUAAAAGUUUCGUCCGAAAGAGUAGAAGAGGCGAUAGAAAAAGAACAAGCCGAAGGAACGAGUCAAACUGUAAUCUCUAAAAAGAUAGAAGAAGUAAUAAGAGACGAAGAAAAAGUAGAAGCGUUAAAAAAAGAAGAAAGUGAGAAGGUUGAAGAACUAGUAAGAAAAGAAGAGAAAGCGUUGGAAGAAGCAGCAAAACAAAAAAAAAAGGAAGAAGAAAGAAGUAAAGAAAUUAAAAUUAGGAAAAUAGUAUCGUCUGUUGAUACGAUACAACAGCCCCUCAAAGAAUUAACCAAUCUGAUGUACUUGGCCCUGGAGCAGCCUCUUCCCUCUAAAUCCGAAGAAGAGAAACGAAAACUUCGAGAAGUAACUGCAUUGAUACAAAUACUUAACGACUUGAGAGCCACGAGCGCGUCGAUUCGAAUCGCUGUGCAGCCCUCGUCGAUCCCUGAGCUGGAAGAACAAUUCCUCCGCGUAAUAGAUACUUUAAUAAACGUCGAACAAGCUACGGAAAUGCUUCUUUCUUUGUCUCAAAAAGAACUGACUCCUGCGCAAAAAGAAAACGUAAUGGUUUCGGUGCAAAUUCUUUUAGCGCCUUUGGAAAUGCUGCAACAUGAUUUCUUCACCGUUCAACGGACCGCUGAAUCUACCUCGGAAUUUUAUAUGCUCUCCGAGAGCAUGCUACAUUUUACUCAAACGAUAUCCGAGCUCAUAAGCGUGAUACGUAGAACAGCGGAAUUGAAACAAAUGAAGAUGGCGGAAGAAAUGAAAGUAGCCAAGACGAAAGAAGAAAGUCAAGACAUCGAAGAAACUACUGCCAAGCCGCUGGAAGAACUUAUAGAAGCUAUAAUGGUGUCUCAAGAACACGUGAAACGCGACGACGCGUCUCCUUUCGGCUCGAUUUCGCCCGCUGAAUUAACAGAACAACAGAGAUUGAUCAACGAAGAGGAAAUUAAGUUGCAAACAAACCUCGUGGAGAAGAUAGUGAGUCCCAUUCAAAAUUUGCGAGAACUAGUCGCGAAGAUCGAGCUGCAGGAAAUGGAAGAAACCGAAGCGGUGGAUCUACCAACGAGGAAGACAGCUUCUGUCAUUCUAAACACCAUCAUCCACCCUUUGGAAGAAUUAGAACAGUCGUUGAACAUCUCAGCCGAACAGCAAAUUGACGAUACUCGAGAAAUUCUUGAGGAGACGAGCAGAAACAUUUCGCCAUUACAGUCGCUGCCAGUCAGAACUGUUCUCGAGGAAUUGAGAAAGUCCAUUGCCACUAUUCAGGAAGAAGUGAUACUCGAAGCGAUCGAGAAGACACCCCAAUCACAAGCUAGAGCGUUGAUCGCAAAAGAAGUCCAAAAGUCGCUGGAAGAUCUUAAGUUUUCGGUCGGCGCCAUGCAAAAGAUCGCUGCCCUAGAGACUGAACGGACAGAGGAACUUUCAGACGCGGAGAGAACAUCGGUGAUAGAGACAUUUGUCAAAUCGGUCAACGAAUUGGGAGCUAAAUGUUUCGCCAUUGCUAGCCCUCCGCCGGAAAUAGAAAUGGAACCAGUCUCGAUUCACAAACAACAAUUAGAAGAAGUGAUUCAAAUAUUGCAUGCUUCAACGUCAGAAAUUGCAACGCAGAUGACCGAAGAUAUUCAAGCAUCCGAUCAAACAACUAACGACCUGGUAGAAACAUUGAAACCUCUGGUAGAACCACUCGAGAAAUUGGAACAGUUGCUCUGCACGACGGUCCAACAAGUCAGCGAGACAAAGAUCGAAUCGACAGAGGAAAUCAAACAAGACAGUACUUCUGAUAACAAAUUAAAUCUUACUCCAGUCUUGGAAGAAUUAGAAAAAUCGAUCGCGGUGAUCGAGGAACAGAUGUCAUUGGAACCAAGCAAAAUUGAAUUGUCCACCAUGAAAAUUGAACCUUCUAUUGCUGAAGUUAUUCAAAGCCCGUUAGAAGAGUUGAAAUGUUCAGUUGCAACUUUACAAAAACUUGAAACCGAAGAAGCAGAGAAACUAACGAACGAAGACAAGAACACAGCUUUGAACGCUGUUGCUAAAUGUGUGAAAGAAAUAGGAAAGAUAUGCUCAGUAGCAGCUAGUCGACAGAAAAUUGAAGUGAGUCUUGCUCCAAAAGCUCAAGUUGCUGAACUUAAAGAAGUUCUUGAAACAAUUUCUAGUCCGAUUCAAAUUUUACGCGAAACUGUCUCUGAGGUUGAACAGCAGAAAACCGAGGAAACUAAAGCUAUAGACUCUACAGCUCAAAAUGUGGUUGAAUCUUUGAAACCUCUAGUUCAUCCUUUGGAAGAACUUCAACAAUUAUUAUCCACAACAGUUCAGGCAGCCAGCGAAACAAGUGAAGAAAUGAAAAUAUCUAGCCCAUCAGAAGAGAAAUUAACUCUCACCCCUGUUUUAGAAAAAUUACAGAGGUCAAUUGCAGUAAUCGAAGAGCAGGUAGCUUUGCAACCAAAGAAGGCAGAGGUUUCCAGUGUAAAAGCUGAAGCUUCUGUCGCUGAAGCAAUUGACCAUCCAUUGGAAGAAUUAAAAUCUUCCAUAGCAACUUUGCAAAAAUUAGAAACAGAGGAAGUAGCUGGCACAGACAAGACCAUAGCUUUAAAAGCUGUUGCUAAAUCUGUGGAAGAAAUAGGAAAAGUAUGUUCAGCAAUAGCAACUCAACAGAAAGUUGAAGUAAGUGUUGCUCCGCAAGCUCAAGUCGCUGAACUCAAAGAAGUUCUUGAAACAAUUUCCAGUCCGAUUCAAAUUUUGCGCGAAACAGUGUCAGAGAUUGAACAGCAGACUACUGCGGAGGCUAAAAGUUUAGACACUUCGGCUCAAAACGUAACUGAAACUUUAAAACCUCUUGUCCAACCUCUCGAAGAGCUCCAACAAGUAUUGUACACAACAGUUGAACAAUUCAGUGAAGCCAAGAUAGAAACAACCGAAGAAAUGAAAGUUUUUGUGCCAUCCGAAGAAAAAUUGACUCUCACACCAAUCCUAGAAAAACUGCAAACAACAAUUGCAGUAAUCCAGGGACAGGUAUUGUUGCAAAAGCAGAAAGCAGUAACGUGGAGUACAGAAGUUGAACCCGUCUUUGUUGACGCUAUUGAAGGUCCACUAGAUGAGUUCAAAUCCGCUGUAGCAGCUUUGCAAAAACUUGAAACAGAAGAAACAAAGGAACUAACGAGCGAAAAUAAAACAACAGCCUUAAAAGCUGUUGCUAAAUCGGUGGAAGAAAUGGGAAAAGUAUGUUUAGCAAUAGCAACUCAACAGAAAAUUGAAGGGAGUCAUGCUCCGAAACCUCAAGUUGCUGAACUCAAAGAAGUUCUUGAAACAAUUUCCAGUCCGAUUCAAGUUUUACGCGAGACAGUGUCAGAGAUUGAACAACAGAGUACUGAGGUAGCUAAAGUAUUAGAUUCUGAAGCUGAACAUGUGGUUGAAACUUUGAAACCUCUGGUCCAACCUUUGGAAGAACUUCAACAAUUAUUGUCCUCAACAGUUCAGGCAGCCAGUGAAACAAGUGAAGAAAUGAAAGUAUCUAGCCCAUCAGAAGAGAAAUUGACUCUCACCCCUGUUUUAGAAAAAUUACAGAGGUCAAUUGCAGUAAUCGAAGAGCAGGUUGCCUUGCAACCAAAGAAGGCAGAGGUUUCCAGUGUAAAAGCUGAAGCUUCUGUUGCUGAAGCAAUUGACCAUCCAUUAGAGGAAUUAAAAUCUUCAAUAGCAACUUUGCAACAAUUAGAAACAGAGGAAGUAUCUAGCACAGACAAGACCAUAGCUUUAAAAGCUGUUGCUAAAUGUGUGAAAGAAAUAGGAAAGAUAUGCUCAGUAGCAGCUAGUCAACAGAAAGUUGAAGCAAGUGUUGCUCCGCAAGCUCAAGUUGCUGAACUGAAGGAAGUUCUUGAAACAAUUUCCAGUCCGAUUCAAGUUUUGCGCGAAACAGUGACGGAGAUUGAACAACAGAGUACUGAGGUAGCUAAAGUGUUAGAUUCUGAAGCUGAACAUGUGGUUGAAACUUUGAAACCUCUGGUCCAACCUUUGGAAGAACUUCAACAAUUAUUGUCCUCAACAGUUCAGGCAGCCAGUGAAACAAGUGAAGAAAUGAAAGUAUCUAGCCCAUCAGAAGAAAAAUUGACUCUCACUCCUGUCCUGGAAAAGUUACAGAGGUCAAUUGCAGUAAUCGAAGAGCAGGUUGCUUUGCAACCAAAGAAGGCAGAGGUUUCCAGUGUAAAAGCUGAAGCUUCUGUUGCUGAAGCAAUUGACCAUCCAUUAGAGGAAUUAAAAUCUUCAAUAGCAACUUUGCAAAAAUUAGAAACAGAGGAAGUAUCUAGCACAGACAAGACCAUAGCUUUAAAAGCUGUUGCUAAAUGUGUGAAAGAAAUAGGAAAGAUAUGCUCAGUAGCAGCUAGUCAACAGAAAGUUGAAGCAAGUGUUGCUCCGCAAGCUCAAGUUGCUGAACUGAAGGAAGUUCUUGAAACAAUUUCCAGUCCGAUUCAAGUUUUACGCGAGACAGUGUCAGAGAUUGAACAACAGAGUACUGAGGUAGCUAAAGUAUUAGAUUCUGAAGCUGAACAUGUGGUUGAAACUUUGAAACCUCUGGUCCAACCUUUGGAAGAACUUCAACAAUUAUUGUCCUCAACAGUUCAGGCAGCCAGUGAAACAAGUGAAGAAAUGAAAGUAUCUAGCCCAUCAGAAGAAAAAUUGACUCUCACUCCUGUCCUGGAAAAGUUACAGAGGUCAAUUGCAGUAAUCGAAGAGCAGGUUGCCUUGCAACCAAAGAAGGCAGAGGUUUCCAGUGUAAAAGCUGAAGCUUCUGUUGCUGAAGCAAUUGACCAUCCAUUAGAGGAAUUAAAAUCUUCAAUAGCAACUUUGCAACAAUUAGAAACAGAGGAAGUAUCUAGCACAGACAAGACCAUAGCUUUAAAAGCUGUUGCUAAAUGUGUGAAAGAAAUAGGAAAGAUAUGCUCAGUAGCAGCUAGUCAACAGAAAGUUGAAGCAAGUGUUGCUCCGCAAGCUCAAGUUGCUGAACUGAAGGAAGUUCUUGAAACAAUUUCCAGUCCGAUUCAAGUUUUGCGCGAAACAGUGACGGAGAUUGAACAACAGAGUACUGAGGUAGCUAAAGUGUUAGAUUCUGAAGCUGAACAUGUGGUUGAAACUUUGAAACCUCUGGUCCAACCUUUGGAAGAACUUCAACAAUUAUUGUCCUCAACAGUUCAGGCAGCCAGUGAAACAAGUGAAGAAAUGAAAGUAUCUAGCCCAUCAGAAGAAAAAUUGACUCUCACUCCUGUCCUGGAAAAGUUACAGAGGUCAAUUGCAGUAAUCGAAGAGCAGGUUGCCUUGCAACCAAAGAAGGCAGAGGUUUCCAGUGUAAAAGCUGAAGCUUCUGUUGCUGAAGCAAUUGACCAUCCAUUAGAGGAAUUAAAAUCUUCAAUAGCAACUUUGCAAAAAUUAGAAACAGAGGAAGUAGCUGGCACAGACAAGACCAUAGCUUUAAAAGCUGUUGCUAAAUGUGUGAAAGAAAUAGGAAAGAUAUGCUCAGUAGCAGCUAGUCAACAGAAAGUUGAAGCAAGUGUUGCUCCGCAAGCUCAAGUUGCUGAACUGAAGGAAGUUCUUGAAAUAAUUUCCAGUCCAGUUCAAGUAUUACGGGAGACUGUCUCUAAAAUCGAAGACCAAAAACUCCAAGAAGCUGAAAAUUUAGAUUCACAUAAGGCAAUGGAGAUUGCAACUAUACUAAACACCUUGGUUCAACCUAUGGAACAAUUAGAGAGAUCUUUGUCCGUGGCUGUUGAGCAAACGAGCACCGAUAAAGAAGAAUGCUUCGCUGAUAUGAAAGACGUACAAGCUUUUUCGAAACUGAACGUCGAACCUAUUCUCCAGGAAUUGCAAAAAUCGGUGGCAGUGGUUCAAGAACAAGUGUCUUUGGAACCAACGAGUGAAAAAUCAAGUACCAAAGUGGAAGGUUAUUUAGCAAACGCUUUAGAGGAACCAUUAGAGCAGUUGAAGUCCUCGAUAGCAGCUGUCCAAGAAGUAAUGUGUGUCGAAUCUACUGAAAUCACGGACAAGACGGAUACAGAGAAAGUCUCGAUUCUAAAAGCGUUUGCGAAGUCCGUAGAAGAAGUCGGAGAACGAUGCUUGAUGGUAGUUACCGAACAAAAGGCUGAGACGAAGAUGCUUCCCGAAAAACUGGAUGAAUCGCAGGUAGAAGUUUUAAAAAUGGUGAUCAAACCGCUUGAAACAUUGAGAGAAUCUAUCAAUAAGAUAGAAGAAGGAAAAUUGUUGAAUGCAUCGAAAGUUGAUAAAACAGAAAAUGCAUUGAUGGUUCUUGUAGAACCAUUGCAGAAGCUGGAGACGACGUUAUCUUCAACCGUCCAACAAGCUGUUUCGACGAAAGUCGAGAAAACUGAAGAAACGACGGUUCCAUCGUCUGAAAAAUUGAAUAUCCAGCCUGUUGUCGAAGAGCUUCAGAAAUGCGUCGCUACGGUUCAAGAACAGGUGAAAUUGCAAACUGUAACAGCAGAUUCGAGCGCUAAAGCGUUGAUGCAAGCCGCAGAAAAAUCAUUGAAUGACCUGAGUAGUUCACUCGCGAUUGUUCAAAGCGUUGUCCAAUCUACGGAACAAGAGAAACUGAGUACAGAAAAAGUGACGACUUUGGAACACUUGGCUGAAUCGGUUCAAGAAUUCGAGCAGAAGUGUAAAGUUGUGGUCGAAGAGGAGAAACUUGAUGCUGAGGUUCUCCAGGCUAUAGUCGAGCCCGUUCAGACGUUGCGCAAAACUAUUAUGGAAACGCAAGAAGAAUUAAAACUGACUCAGCUGAUACAUCCUCUAGAAAAAUUAGAGAAAUCUUUGACAACUGCUGAGGAAGUAAAAGACGCGUGUUUGCAAGCCACGGUUCUCCAGCCAAUUUUGGAAGAAUUUAAAGAAACCAUUGCUACUGUCCAAGAGCAAUUAAAAUCAAGGAACGUCGAAUCGGAAGCUAUUCAGAAUAUUUUGGAAGCAUUCGAACAAUCAAAAUCAACAGUCACAGCUGCUCAACAAGCAGUUACACCAGAGUACCAAACUAAAGAAAUGAAGGCUGAGAAGAUAACAGCGUUAAAAGCUUUUGUGAAAUCGAUGGAGCUGUUGAAAGAACGUUGCUCGGUUCUCGUCAGUAGCCAAAAGAGAACCGUGGACGCGCAGAUUCUUCAGCGGAUCAGCGAAACUGUUCACGUUUUGCGCGAAUCGCUGUCUCAGAUCGAGGAAGAAAAUAUGCAAGAAGUCAGAGAAUCCAAAAUACCAAAAGACACGAAAUUGAAUGUUCUCAGUAAGCCCUUGAACGUGCUGGAACAAGCUUUGCUGACGGCUGUCGAAGAAGCUACAAAGGAACUAAAACAUGGUGAAAUUUCAGUAGAAAAAUUGGACUUUGAACCAGUGCUUGUAGAAUUGCAGAACUCGUUGACAAUAAUUGAGCAACGCGCGAACGAAAUUGAAGAACUUCCUUCGAUGAAAGCUGCUGCAAAGCCUUUGGAAGCUUUAAAGCUGUCGAUAGAAGCUGUUCAAGAAAUUACUCGAGAAGAUAAGACGACAGCUAUCGACGAAGCGUCGCGUUUGGAAGCGUUUGCGCGAUCGGUGGAAGAAACUGGAAGAGAACUGUUGGCUGUAGCCAAGCACCAGAAAGCUACAAUGCAGAAGAAAGCAACCGAAAACUUUGCAAAAUCCGUAAUCAGACCGAUAAAUGAGCUGCAAGGUACCAUUCUAGAAAUGACAGAAGCUACGGUUUUCUCGAGUAUGGUGCAACCGUUGCACCAGUUGGAAGAAACGUUCCUGUCGGCUGAACAGACCUCCUUGUCCGUUCCAACGUUGCAAAAACUACCGAUCAAGUCCGCGUUGCAAGAACUCAACAACCAAGUGACAAAGAUUCAGGAGCAACUGGGUUUGGCUAAGCAGACGGUGAGUUUGACCGGAACCACCGAGGAUCUAAAUGCUGUGAAGAACAUUGAAAGAUCUCUGGGUGAUUUGAGGACGUCUCUAGCGGUGGUGCAGCAACUGACAGCGAUAGAAACGCCUGGACAACAAGUGUUGGACAUCGAGAACGUGUCCGCGUUGCAAGCAUUUGGCAAAGCCAUAGACGAGUUCAAGAAACACUGCUCUGUCCUCGUAUCGAAACCCAAAGCAAUUGCAGCGAUUACUGGCAAAGCAGACACCAUCGUUAUCCCCAGGAAACUUUUGCAGGAAACGAUCUCCACGAUAGAAGAGUUCAAAGUUCAGGAAGCAGGGGUUCUCGAGACACCUGAGAGGAGCAUUUCCGUGAGUCCCCUAUUGACAGUGCUGAUCCCGUCUCUGGAGCAGCUAGAGCGAACUUUGGUCGGGGCGGUGCAAGGCGGCGAACACGUGCUCGAGGAACACCUGGAACAGAACCUGGUGUCUUUCGAGAGGAACAAUCUGAGGCCCAUACUCGAAGAGUUCCAGAGAUCGAUCGCCACGAUCCAAGAACACGCAAUUCUCGAUGAAAGCGUGCAGAGCUUGUCCGAGGCAACGGACGCUUCUCAUCUGAAGACAAUGGCGCAAACGUUGGCGGACCUGAGGACUUCCGUGGCGGCUGUUCAGCAGAUCGUCGAGAGUCCAGCCCAGAUCACCGAACUCAAACCUGACGAUAGCGUGUCCGUGUUCGAGACGUUCGCGAAAUCGCUUCACGAUUUGGUGGAGCGCGUGGCGACCAUCGAUCAUCAGCAAAUAGCGAUCGAGCCUGCCGCUGACACCAUCUCCGAGGACGCCUCGUCGUUGAAAACCUGGGCAGACGUUCUGGACGAGCCAAACGUUAGAAUCACGGAGCCUUUGAUCGUCGAUCAGGGCACCAUAGAAUCGCCCACUGAAAUUGCUAUAUCGAUUUCCGAGGAAGAAGCUCAGAUGUUGAAGGGAUUGGCCAAGCCUCUCAGCGAGCUGCGCGAAUGCUUGGCUCUGGUCGUCGAAGAGCGAAAAUCCAUGGACGCGAACGAAAUGGCGGUCGCGUUGUCCGAAAAAGAGGACCUCUCGAUGCUGAAAGCAAUGGCUGAACCGUUGUUGGAGCUGAAAAACGCAGCUGCGUCCGUUAUUCUCGAGCAAAUCGCCUUCGAGUCCGCCAAAGAGAAGACAUUUGUCGCCGAAGAGAAAAUCGAGACCACCUUGAACCCGUUGAUCGAGUCUCUGGAGGAACUCUGCAGAUCCAUCGCGCUGAUCCAGGAUCACAUGAUCGUCGAAUCCGCGGAGGACCGACCAACGGAUCAAGUCUCCUUACUGACAGCUCUAGCGGAACCCUUGAUCACGCUUCAGAGGAGCAUCUCUGUUCUCGAGGAGCGAGUCAUGUCGCCGGAUGUCGAACCACUGCCCGAAGAAUCGACCAAUUGGAUCACCGAAUGCUUGUCAAUUCCAUUGCAGGAGAUAGAGACGUCCAUCGCGGAGAUUCGUGAAUGCGUCGUGAUCGAAGCUGCAGCCGCAGAUCAGAGGAUCGACACGCCAGACUGGUCGGUGAUCGAGAAACUGGUGGAACCAGUCCAACUUAUAAAAUCGACUAUCGUUCGCAUGGAACAAACUGAUAAACCAGCAACCGAGUACGAAACAGUGAGAACGUUGCUGCAACCUCUUUCGGAUGUGCACGAAAGCUUCUUGGCGCUCAAAGACAAGACAGAUUUAAGCAUAGACGAGGAGGAAGCUAGCAUCGACGCCAUAGUAGACUCCUUGUCGAAUCUUGAAAAAUGUAUAACCAGUAUCGAAGAACGAUCUGCUGACAGAGGAGGUUCCAGCACAGAAACAAUUAUCGAAGCGUUAGCUGAACCUCUGGUGCAAUUGAAAGAAUCCAUUAUGACCGUGGAAGAAUCUUCAACCGUGUAUUUGGAGAACCUGGAAUUGCCUUUGAGGAAUCUGCAGACAACUUUGGAGAGUAUCGUGGCUCGUGAACAUGAUCAAAACCGAGAAAAGGAAACGGCUGUAUCGCCGGAAGAAGUUUCGAGACUCUCGACAAGAAUUCUGAACUCUGUCAAGGAAAUAAAUGAUUCCAUCGAAUCUAUUGACCGCAAGAUAGACAGCUACAAAGAUCUGUUGGGUAUCGAAAUUCAAAUUGAAAACGAAGCUUUGAAAACACUGACGUCGCCGCUGAGAGGACUCGAGCAAGGAAUUCGAUUUAUAAUGGAAAAUAGGAUGUUCGAGGGAUCGACGAUGAAUUCUCUUGGGAAACUACGGCAGGCUAUCGCUACCAUUUGUCACCAAUCGGAUGACAAACCAUCCGCAGAGCCAGCGUAUUCAAACACUGUCGACAUCGUGAGUGUAUUGAGAAGAUUGCUGCCCAGUUUGCACGAAUUAGAAGUGUCUGUUGCAACAGUCGAAACACUAUGGAGCCAGAAUCUAAGUGGAGAAGGAUUGCAACAGCUGGAAACACCCAUAUCGAAUUUGAUGAACACGAUUAACGUCUUACGCGACGAGAUAUCGAGGAUGGAUGUGGUAUGGAUAAUGGACGAAGAUAAGAAAAUGAAAGAAGAAAAAAUUAAAAAACAAGAAGAAGAAAGGUCGAAGAGGGAAGCAGAAGAGCGUAAGAAGGAAGAAGAAGAAUCUGAGAAGCUAAAACAAGAGGAAGAGGAGCAACAGCGUAAAAAGGAAGAAGAAGCGGAAAAGCUGAAACGCGUAGAAGAGGAAGAGAAACGCAGAAAAGACGACGAGGCUAAGAAACUGAAGCUGGAAGAGGAGGAGCGUAAGAAAAGGGAGGAAGAAGAAGCUAGAAAACUAAAAGAAGAAGAAGACCGAAAGGAAACGGAAAAGUUAAAGGAAGAGCAAGAGCGCAAGAAGAAGGAGGAAGAGGAAAAACUUAAACAGGAGGAAGAGUCGCGUAAAAAAGAAGAGGCUAAGAAACAAAAAGAGGAACUGGAAGCACGCAAGAAAGAAGAAGAAGCUAGAAAACUGAAAGAAGAAGAGGAUCAAAAGCAAAAAGAGGAAGCUGAGAAGCUAAAAGCAGAACAAGAGCGCAAAAAGAAAGAAGAAGAGGACAAGAUAAAACUGGAAGAAGAAGUACGCAAGAAAGAAGAAGAGGCUAGAAAACUGAAAGAAGAGGAAGAUCAAAAGCAAAAAGAGGAAGCUGAGAAGCUAAAAGCAGAACAAGAGCGCAAAAAGAAAGAAGAAGAGGACAAGAUAAAACUGGAAGAAGAAGUACGCAAGAAAGAAGAAGAGGCUAGAAAACUGAAAGAAGAGGAAGAUCAAAAGCAACAAGAGGAAGCUGAGAAGCUAAAAGCAGAACAAGAGCGCAAAAAGAAAGAAGAAGAGGACAAGAUAAAACUGGAAGAAGAAGUACGCAAGAAAGAAGAAGAGGCUAGGAAACUGAAAGAAGAAGAAGAACAAAGGCAAAAAGAGGAAGCUGAGAAGCUAAAAGCAGAACAGGAGCGCAAAAAGAAAGAAGAAGAGGCUAGGAAACUGAAAGAAGAAGAAGAACAAAGGCAAAAACAGGAAGCUGAGAAGCUAAAAGCAGAACAAGAGCGCAAGAAGAAGGAAGAAGCGGAUAAACUUAAACAGGAAGAAGAGUCACGUAAAAAAGAAGAUGAGGCUAGAAAACUGAAAGAGGAACAGGACCAGAAACUGAAGCAGGAAGAAGAAACACGCAAGAAAGAAGAAGAGGCUAGGAAAGAAAAGGAAGAGCAGGACCGAAAGCAAAAAGAGGAAGCUGAAAAAUUAAAACUGGAAGAAGAAACACGAAGAAAGGAGGAAGAGGUUAGGAAACAAAAAGAAGAAGAACAACAGAAACGUAAAAAGGAAGAGGAAGCUGAAAUACUAAAACAGGAAGAAGAAGCACGCAAGAAGGAGGAAGAGGCUAGGAAAGUAAAGGAACAAGAAGAUCGAAAACAAAAGGAACUGGAGGAGAAGUUAAAAGAAGAGCAAGAAAAACUUAAACAGAAGGAAGAGUCACGUAAAAAAGAAGAGGCUAAGAAACAACAAGAGGAAGAAGCCCAGAAACUAAAGCAGGAAGAAGAAACACGCAAGAAAGAAGAAGAGGCUAAGAAAGAAAAGGAAGAGCAGGACCGAAAGCAGAAAGAAGAAGCAGAGAAAUUAAAGGAAGAACAGGCACGUUUGAAAAAAGAAGAAGAAGAUCGAAAACAAAAAGAGGAAGCUGAGAAGUUAAAGGAAGAACAAGAGCGUAUGAAGAAAGAAAACGAAAGGUUAAAACAAAAAGAAGAAGCACGUAAGAAGGUCGAAGAGGCAAAGAAACAACAAGAAGAACAAGAACGCAAGGAGAAAGAGGAAGCUGAAAAACUGAAACAGGAAAAAGAAGCACGCAAAAAGGAAGAAGCGGCUAAAAAACAAAAAGAAGAAGAGGAUCGAAAGCAGAAAGAAAAAGAGGAAGCUGAAAAAGUGAAACAGGAAGAAGCACGCAAAAAGGAGGAAGUAGCUAAAAAGCAAAAAGAAGAAGAAGAUCGAAAGCAGAAAGAAGAGCAGGAACGCAAGAAGAAAGAGGAAGCUGAAAAGCUAAAACUGGAAGAAGAAGCACGCAAAAAGGAGGAAGUAGCUAAAAAGCAAAAAGAAGAAGAAGAACUCAAAAAAAAAGAAGAAGCUGAGAAACUGAAACAGGAAGAAGCGGCUAAAAAACAAAAAGAAGAGGAAGAACGCAAGAAGAACGAGGAAGCUGAAAAAAUAAAACAGGAAGAAGCACGCAAAAAGGAGGAAGUAGCUAAGAAGCAAAAAGAAGAAGAAGAACGCAAGAAAAAAGAGGAGGCUGAAAAAGUAAAACAGGAAGAAGCGGCUAAAAAACAAAAAGAAGAGGAAGACCGAAAGCAGAAAGAAGAACAAGAACGCAAAAAGAAGGAAGAAACAAAAAAACUGAAAGAAGAAGAAGCCCGGAAGCAAGAGGAGGAGGCUAAAAGACUAAAAGAAGAACAAGAUCGAAAGAAGAAGGAAGAGGUUAGGAAAAAGGAGGAAGAAGACUCGCGUAAGAAGGAAGAAGAGUCUAGAAAAUUAAGAGAAGAAGAAGAAAGGAAGAUGAAAUUAAAGCAUGAGGAAGAAGAACGCAGGAAAGCUGAAGAAGAAGAGAAACUGAAACAAGUGAAAGAGAAAUUGCAGAAAGCUGAGUCGGAUACUUUGAAACAAAAGGCUGAGGAAUUGCAAAUGAGGAAAGACAAGCGGAAAUUGCAACAAGAAGAGGAGGAACGUAAGGAGAAGGAGGAAAUUGAGAAACGGAAGCAAGAACAAGAGCAAAGGAAGAAAGAAAGAGAGGAACGCACGAAGAAAGAGGAAGAAGAACGAAAUAAACGAGAGGAAGAGGAACGAAAACGGAAAGAGGAAAGAGCAAGAUUAAGAAAGGAAGAAGAGGAUCGUAGAAAAGCUGAGAACGAAGAAAGGCUGAGAAAGGAGCAGGAGAAAGAAGAACAAAGACGAGAAGAGAGCAAGCGUCGCAGAGUGGAACAAGAGAAACAGAUCAGACAGGAAGCUGAAAAGAUAAGAAAAGCUGAGGAAGAACGAUUGAAAAACGAGGAGGAAAUUCGAGAGCGCAGAAGGAAAGAGCGAGAAUUGAGGAGACGAGAAGAGGAAGAAAAAAUGCUGAGAGAAGAAGCGGAAAGGACAAAGUGGGAAGAAGAACGCAGAAGGAGGAGAAACGAAGCCGAACGACAAUGGAAGGAAGACGAAGAGGCUAUGAGAAGAAAGGAAACUGAACGUCUAGAAAGGAGGAGGGCCAAAGACCGUCAAAAUAAAGAAGAAACAGAACGUUUGAGAAGGGAGGAUGAAGAGAGGAGGCAUCAAAGAGACGCGGACAGGCAAAUGAGGAGAGAAGAAGCGGCCAAAGCGUUGAAGGAAGAAGAAGAACGCUUGAGAAGACGACAGGAAGAUGAGACGUCUAGACUUCGAAGGCGAAGACAAGAGCAAAUGAGGGACGACAGUUGGUCUCGAAUGCGACAGACCGAGUCUGAUCAACUGUUGAGAAAAAUGACGGAAGACACGCUCAGAAUUGGACGACCCACCUCCACGGGUAUCUCCUCCGACGUAGAGUUUUGGAGAGACAGACGUGAUAAAUCUUACCGAUACGAUUCUGGCUUCGAGUCUGCUCUAUCCAGUACUUCCAGGUCGUACAGUUGGAGAGAUUCUUUGACGACUUUGACCAAAAGGAGAAUCGACGAUUUCCUCGAUUAUAAAUUGAAAGAUACUUCGAUCGACAGAUAUUACUUCGACGCUGGCUCGUACUAUCGAAGAAGAAGAAAAAGGGACGACCAAAUUACUCGAGCGAGAUCGAUCAGUUUAUUAAAAUAUGACGAUUACUCGACCGGCGAUAGCGACACGACUAUUACAGCUGCCAGUUCUACGAGACUAUCACGGUACAGCAGACCACAGACGACGUCUCGAACCGACCUCGAUUUUUAUCUACCUCCUAUUAAAAGCGAGAUUAUACCGCGCGAAAAGGGAAAGAAACCAUCGUUCUGCACAAGACUGACCAACAGAACCGUAGGGGUUGGUAUGAGAACAAGAUUAACCUGCACGGUACUUGGACACCCGGAACCACGAGUUUACUGGACCAAAGAUGGCGAGAAACUCGACAUAAGCUCAAACCGAUAUCGAACUCGGUUUGACAACGGUAUGGCUUAUUUCGAACUGCAUGAAGCCCUCCCCGAAGAUUCCGGACUGUACACCUGUGUUGCCGAGAAUGUUCAUGGGAUUGCAACCACCGAAUCCACCUUAAAAAUUUAUCCCGAUUUCCAACCAACACUCUCACCCCCCACCUUUACAAGAUCUAUUAAAGACACCUAUCGACAUUCGGACAACGAAUUGAUCUUGGAAUGUCGAGUACGUGGCCAUCCUACUCCGAUUAUCUCUUGGUUGAAAGAUGGUCUGGUCCUCCAAGGCGAUCGUUACAAGCAUAGUUACCUAGACGAUGGGAUCUAUCGAUUGGAGAUCGCUGCACCGAAUUCCUCGGACAGCGGCCGGUACGCGUGCAGAGCAAUGAACGAUAUGCGCACCGAAGAAAUAGCCCACGUUGUUCAAUUUGACGAACAAGUUCGACGAAUGGCUGGCAAACACGGGAGAAUGUUCGACGACUACUUCAGCACCGAGGCUUCCAAGAGACCUCAUUUCUCCAGUUUCUUGAACGAUCACAGAGUGCCCACCGGUGGCACUGUUGCUCUUCAAGUCGAAGUCAAAGGCAUGCCCACACCGGAAGUAAGAUGGUUCCGCGGUGAAAGAAGGGAGCCAGUCACUAUUCCCAAAGCGAAGACUUUCACAGAAUCCGGUGUUCACACUUUGAUCGUGCCGGAAGUUACGGAAUCCGAGAGAGGCACGUACAUUUGCAGAGCAAUUAACGCUUAUGGACACGUGGACAGCAUGGCCACGAUUGACGUAAUAUCCCCGAGUGCGAUCGACGAUGGAAAACCAGCCAUGUUCGCCUCGAGACCCGCGGAAAAAUCGAUGACCGUUGUUGCUGGCGAAGAUGUCAGCGUGUCAUUUAGGUUUUCUGGAGUUCCCAAACCUCGAGUGACCUGGAUGAAAGGUUUAAGAGACAUCACCAAUGGACCUCGAUCUCACAAAGAAGUCAUCGACGAUUACGUUCGGUUGACUUUGAAAAGAGUUAUACCCGAGGACGAGGGCACCUAUUGUAUACUUGUCAAAAACAGACAUGGCUGCGACAGAAGUUUCUUCUCUAUUAAGGUGAAACAACGCGCCAGGUCACUGACACCUGACUGGAGUACCUUGAGCAACCGUACCGAAACCGGAAGUCUUCUAGGUCUGUCGAGUGAAAGUCGCGACGACGAAAUGUCCUACGUGAAGAAUGUGCCAGGACCUAUCAGCAGCGAACCAGUUGUGGUCGACGGAGGGAAAAAUUGGUUGUCCCUAAGUUGGGGCAAAGCGGAACGAAGAGGACCUGCGCCUGUCAUCGCUUACAGAGUCGACGCCUGGUUGAUGGGUAGCGACGGUGGUGCACGAUGGGUUGAGCUGGGUAUGACACCUAUAAACGCCUACGACGCGUUCAACUUGAAACCGGGUGGCGAGUACAAGUUCCAAGUGACUCCGCGGAAUCGUUACGGAUGGGGCGAAUCCACGACAAUGACAAACACCGUAAAAGUCAGCGAGACCGUCGACCUACCGGAGUUCACAAAAAUCUUGCCAGGUCAACUGAAAGUGCUCGAGGGGAGUACAGUGAAAUUGGAAUGCCAGGUUCGCGGGGACUCGAAAGUUGACGUAAAGUGGAGCCGCGAGUCGACCGAUAUAGAUCCGAACAACGAUCCUAGAUGCUUGAUCUCUUAUAAUGGGAACAAGUGCUCCCUGACGAUUGAAAACGUCCAGGACAUCGACUCUGGCAGAUACAUUUGCGAGGCAAGCAACAUGGUUGGGAAGGUUUCAUCGUUUGCUAGAGUGCUCGUCGUCAAUGAUCCGAAGAUCAUCGAAGCCGAUGCUAAACUUAGGUCAAGAGCUUUGGAGGACGACUUGGAAGACAGACCACCACAAUUCACUAUGAGGAUUCGAGACAGAAGGGUCCAGGCAACGUAUCCUGUGAGAUUAACUUGCCAAGUGAUAGGAAACCCUACUCCAGAGGUCACGUGGUUUAAGAAUGGCACCGAGAUUCAUCAAGACGAUCGUCACGUAUUCUGGAACAACGAUUCGAGCUUUUAUACCUUGGAGAUCACGCACUCCACCCUGGAGGAUUCUGGGUGUUACAUGGUGACAGCGAGGAAUGUGAACGGUUCAGUGUCCUGUCGAUGUAUCCUCGUCGUAGACAAGGGCAUUCGUGCUUACAUAGCUCCGGAAUUCUUGUGCGGUCUCGACGCCGAGUACACGAUCAGAUUGGGUGGCGAUCUACGAAUGACAGCUCAGAUAGAGGCGUAUCCCAGCGUCGGUGUCGUAUGGCAUCGAGAUGGAAUUCGUCUUCGUCCAAGCAGAAGAACAGUGAUGACCUUAAAUCACGAUGGCGCCGUUGAACUGUCCUUAGCCAAGGUCACUGACAGAGAUAGCGGCCUUUAUACUUGUACAGCUACGAACGAGGUCGGCCAUGCUGAAACAUCUGGAAGGGUAGCAGUUAUUGGUACCGAGAUUCAGGACGACCAAGUGUCGUCUCUCGAAGGAGUACCAACUGUAACAGUCGCAACGUCAGAUAUACCGUAUUCAAAAGAGCCUCUCUUCAUCACGAAACCUUUAUCCACCGAAGCGCUCGAGGGAGACACUGUCAUCAUCUCCUGCGAAGUGGUCGGUGAUCCCAAACCGGAAGUAAUGUGGCUGCGCGACUUUCUCAAGCCUGAUUACUACCGGGACGCAGCCCACUUCCGGCUGGUCGGGCAAGGACCUCAGUACCGAUUGGAAAUACCCUACGCAAAACUCGAUUUUACGGGAACGUACUCCGUGAUAGCGCGCAACUGCCAUGGGGAGGCUAAGGCCGUGAUUUCUUUACAGAUCUACGCUAAAGGUCAAGGCAAAGAGGACAAGAUGAAGAAAUCAGGGUUCACGCACGGGAAGGUGCUGACUUUACCGGAGAUUGCAAGAGAACUGCGAGACCUGAGAUGCUGCGAUGGAGAUGCUGUUACCCUCGAGUGCAAAGUUCGCGCCACGCCGGAGGCACCUUUGGUGCGCUGGGAACGUGGAGGAAAGAUUCUUUCGAUGGGCGAGGACUUUUCUGCGGAAUUCGACGGAGAAACAGCGCGUCUAAUUAUCCAGCACGUGUAUCCAGAAGACGAGGGCGAAUAUACCUGCGUGGCUUACAACGACCUUGGAAAAGCAUUCACGUCAGCCUGUCUAAUAGUGGAUGUACCUGAAGGGAAAGAAAACCUUUUGAGCCAAAGAUUGUCGAGGCCUCUGGGUCUACUGUCAGCAGGAUCGACGCCAAGAUCGACGCCUCGCUCGACGCCAAUUAGAAGCUUAUCUCCGGCAGUUUCGCAUGGUCGAGAACUGCGGUCUCCGCAGCUUCUGCCGCGAAGCAGGUCGAUGUUAAGACGGCCAAAAAUUAGUCCACCAAAAUUUUACGCGGUUCCACACAAUCGAGUGGUCGAAGAAGGCGAAACCGUGCGUUUCCAAUGCGCAGUGGUCGGUCAUCCAACACCGUGGGUGAAAUGGGACAAAAAUGGCACUGCCGUUACGCCAACAGCGAGGAUCUCCGUAAAGGAAAGGGACGACGUGAAAAUAUUGGAAAUUGUCGAAGUCACUCAAGAAGAUGCAGGAUUAUACAGGGUGACCGUGGAGAACGACUAUGGUCGUAUCGAAGCCAGUGCUCGUCUGGAAAUAAUAAAUCAUCAAUUGCUUGGACCGGUGUCUCGAACCAUCAGAACCCGAAGCGCGUCGCCUAGAACCUACCCAUCUUUCGGUCGAAGCCUUCUGGACACAACUACCAGAGUAAAUGGACGAUUGCAACUUGCUUGCGGCAUUAGGGGAACGCCCAGUCCAACGCCAACUUGGUUCAGAAAUGGACGCCCAUUGGAACGAUCGAGCCGAAUAAAAAGGUAUUUCGAUGGCAAAAUUGCGAAAAUUGAAAUUUCAAAAGUGAAAGCGAGCGACGCGGGCGAAUACAGCUGUGUGGCGAUGAACGUGCUUGGUUCCUCGAAGAAUACAUGUCGGGUGACCGUUCUCGACUCUCAUGAUCCGUCUACGUGCGACAAGGAUCCACCAAGGUUCCUGCAGCCGCUUCCGGGAGAAUCGAUCGUCAUGGAAGGACAUUGUUACGAGCUUCAAACGAGAUUGACAGGUGUUCCACCCUUCACAAUCAUUUGGUUAAAAGACGGUCGUGAAGUGACUGACAACGAUUACUACAACUAUGUCAUAUAUGGCGAUGGUGGAAUCGCUCUCAGGUUAUCCAAUGUUUCUCCACAAGAUGCUGGGGAGUACACUUGUCUCGUUCGAAAUAAUUUCGGAGAAGCGUCCUGCAAUGGUCUUUUUGCUGUGCAAGAUUACAAAGGCGUUCCAAAACUGGCGCCGCAGUUUACCAAAACUCCUCUGUCCGUUAUUACGUCAAAAGGUGAAACUGCGUGUUUCUGCGCCCGAGUACAGUGCGGAAAACCCGUGGAAAUCACGUGGACGAUCAAUGGAAAGGACGUCAAAGAAAAUCCUAGGUGUAAGGUUGAAAAGGAUGAUAACGUCAGCAUCCUGAAGAUACAAAACGUGUCAUCGCGAGACGUUGGUGAAGUUCGAUGCACAGCAUCUGUGGUCGGUAAGAGUCUGUCGAUCAGCUGUACGGCAGAAUUGCGAUUAAGUCGAUCGUUGUGCAAUUUCGAAAAGUCCACGUACGAUAAGGCGCGCACCGAAAUUCGAAACAAAAUGAACGCCAAUUGCGGUAGCAGCAACUUGGUAAGAAAGGCGGGAAAAGGCGUUCCCUCGCCACGACACGAACGAUACGAGUCACCUAUGCGCAUCAGAUCGUCUUCGUUGCCUUUGAGGAACACGCGAAAUGUUAAACAAUCGUCUCCCAUGCCGUCAAGAAGAAUCGUCCCACCGAGUCCCUUGCUCGACACGAGAAAACCAGUCGAAAUUAAAACGAAUAGAAGAAAAGAUCUGGGUUACAAGAUGGCGAAGCGUAACGUCGCGAGAUCGAACGAUCAAAGGAUUUCGUCGUCUUCGGACGAGGAAGGAAUUGAUCGUACUUCUGGACGAGUAUCGUCUGCGGAGGUGUCGAACGAAACGAGCCCGAAAUUAAAGACGAAUAGAGAAGAAUCUGCAAAGAGUCCGGCAUCGGUGGAUUCUGAUUUCCGCGAGACUAAAAACGAUACGAAACGAACUCAGGAUAACUCUAACGUGCACGAUGAUGUGCCUAUAAUGAGCGCGGAGUAUGAUCCGGUCACGGAAAAACCGGACGAGUCUUCCACUUUGAAGGGGAGCGGUCAAAACGAAACGAAAGAGGAGAAUAUUAAAGUUGCGUCGGAGGAAUUUGUACCCGCCACCAUUUUGAAGGUCCCAGAUGACGUGACAGUGUUCAGAGGAAACAGAGUGGUGCUCAGAGCGACGUAUCGAGGAUAUCCGGAACCACGUGUCAAAUGGCUUCGCGCGGGUCGAGAGCUCGCUGCAAACAAAAAGACUGCGAUCACCUAUGGCGGUGGUAUGUCCUGUUUAAUAUCGGACGAUGUUACUGCUGAUAACGCUGGAAAGUACGAAGUUUCGGUGGACAACAAAUUCGGAAAAGACCGACGGUGCUUCAGCGUUGCUGUCGAAGGCCCACCUGACCCACCAGCGGGUGUUCCCAGCGUGUGCUGUUCGAUAGAUGCGAUCACCAUCAAUUGGAGAUCGUCACCUUACGAUGGAGGUUGCGCGGUCACUGGCUACACCGUUGAAAUGAACCACCUGGGCGAAACUUCCUGGACAACGGUGGCGGAGUCCUGUCACUCGCUGAGUCACACGGUACCAACUUCUGAAACGCACACCCUGCUACCCGAUCAAAGAUAUCGAUUUCGCGUUCGAGCGGAGAACAUCCACGGGGUCAGUGAACCGGGAAACGAAUCGGAAUACGUCAGAAUAUCCGAGGCAGAUGAGACGUCACUCGACGAUGCCGAGGAAGAUUUCAAACCACCUUUCGAAGCCAGAGUGGUGGAGAUGGAAGACGGACAACUGUUCGCCGAUCGGUACGACGUCUUCGAGGAACUUGGAAAAGGUCAAUACGGUACGGUGAAGAGGGUCGUUGAAAAGUCCUCAGGAAUCAGUUUCGCCGCCAAGUUUGUUAGGACUAUAAAAGCUAAGGAUCGCGAGCAAGUGCGGGAAGAGAUUCGUAUUAUGAACAUGCUGCGACACCCGAAGCUUCUUCUCCUGGCCGCCGCUUACGAGAGUCCUCGGGACAUCGUUAUGAUCACGGAAUAUAUCUCCGGCGACGAAUUGUUCGAGAGGGUCGUUGCUGAUGAUUUUACACUCACCGAGAGGGACAGCAUACUCUUCAUGAGGCAGAUUUGCGAGGGUGUCGAGUACAUGCACCAAAACAAUGUGGUCCACUUGGAUUUAAAGCCGGAAAAUAUAAUGUGCAGAACACGAACUUCCCAUCAGAUCAAGCUGAUCGACUUUGGCCUCGCUCAGGUUCUGAAACCGGGCACUCCGGUCAGAGUCCUGCUGGGUACGCCAGAGUUCAUUCCGCCUGAAAUCAUAAGCUACGAACCGAUCGGCACCGAAUCGGACAUGUGGAGCGUCGGUGUAAUUUGCUACGUUCUAUUGACCGGUUUGUCACCAUUUAUGGGCGACAGCAACGUCGAAACUUACGCGAACAUCAUUCGAGUCGAUUACGACUUGGAGGACGAGGCAUUCGACGCGAUAUCGAACGACGCUAAGGAUUUCAUUAGCGGUUUACUCAUCAAACGAAAGGAAUUGCGAAUGUCCGCGAGGCAGUGUUUGGAACAUCCUUGGAUGGCUCAACACGCAGAAGCUAUGAGCAGGGUAGCUUUACCCACAGAAAAAUUAAAGAAAUUCAUCGUACGAAGAAAAUGGCAGAAAACAGGAAACGCCAUUCGUGCAGUGGGUAGGAUGGCAAUUCUUUCGGCGAACAGCAGACGGAGUCCAACGACAUCGGCCGAAUCGUCCCCCACCUCGGAGCCCUCGUCGAAUCCAAUCGAAUAUCCGAGAUCCAUCGAUGCUGAUGUACCAGUCGGCGAUCAGAGUAGUUGCAACCUUGGUCGUGCGUCGAACAAAGACGAGAGUUGUCCAAUCGAGACGGACAUCCGCGGAAGAAACAUGUAUUCGUUCUGUUACAAGACAGAGGUGGUAAUCUUUCCGGAAGAAAGAUUAGACUCCUCUUUUAAAAGCGACACGCUCGCGCCAUCAAACCUUGACGACGCGUCCCUGAAAAGCGAACUUCCAAGGUACGUCACACGAUCGAGUUCUCAAAGAGAUGUAACCCAAGACAUUCAAGAAACAGACACUGCCGAGGAUUUGUCAACCGAGAAAACUGGGGACCAAAGUGAUAGUUACUUAGUUCCUUCGAGGGAACUCGAAGAAGAAAUCGAGACUGUCACGACAGAACAGCGCACACUAACGAGCGACGAGACAUCCAUUAUAAAAAACAGAAAUUCCAAAACAAGAAAUCUAAGCAACGCGUUUGAAGAUACCGUUAAGUCACAAUGCGGCAACGAUGAGAGUCUGUCUACGGUUUACGAAGAAAUAUUUUCACGAUCGACAACCGAUGACGAGACUAAAAUAUCGGAAUCGUACGAAAUACAUUCGACGCUGAAGGUUGUAGAGAAAUGCGUGAACGAAGAAAAAGUAAUGUUUCAAGUACAAGGAAAGGAAUCGAAAGACAGAUUGAACCAAGAAACGAGUGCAAAUUCGCAGAAGUCUCGACGCGUCUUCGACGAUUGCAUCACAAACUUAUCAACCUCAUCGCAGCAAGUGAACGAACUCGGUGUAUCGUCGAUCAGAGAAAAAGAAGAUAAUCGGAACAAUAACGGAAAUGGUAAGGAAAUGCCAAGGACUAAAGGAUUCGAAUACCGCAAAACUUCCGAGAAAAUGGUCGAGACGCCGGAAAAUGAACAGAAGUCGGCGAACGAAGCUACUUUCAGUGGUGUGACUAAACAUUCGCGCGCAGGUAAUCGGCACGAAGUUGCCAGCGAAAUUGAGGACCCAAGGUUGUUAAUCGGUCGCGUUCGAAGUAAAUUUGUUCCAACCGGAAAUGUGAGUCGUACUGCGAAAUUAUUUCAGAAGGAGGCGACCACCACAGUGGCAACAAAGCCGAAGAACGAAAGGAUACAAAAAGCUUUUGCAUUUUGGAACAAGUAAUCCGCGUACCAUGAAUUCAAUGACGUUUUAAAAUUAAUCGGCGUUUCAGAAUACUCGACAAAAUACGUAAUUACAAAAAAACAUAUAAAAACAACUUGGUUUUUAUUGUACA